AUGAAUAUAUAAUAAUUAUAAGUAUUAACUAACAAUAUUUCUGAUUUUGGUAAUUAUAUUUGAUUGAAAAAAAGGAUUGAUAUGUUUUUUUAAUUCUAUUAGCUGCUGAUUGUCUUCCAAAUUUGACUUUUCUUCGUUUCGGAAAUAAUCCACUAACUUUUAAGUCAUUAGUACCAUUAUUUUAGGCUUUCAAAAAAUAAAAUAUUGUUAAAAUCAUAUAAUAAUGUUUGAGAAGAAAAAGAGAUUGA